AUGGUCUUAGACCUGGGACGGCUCCCACCAGAGGUCCGACUGCUCGUCUGGGAAGCGACACUCCCUGACCGCCGCGUCUUUCACGUCAGCGAUCUCACAGAAGUUCCGCAGACUCCACGGAUAACCAACAGCACCAAGCGGAACGAGCAGCUAUUCAGCUUUCACAUUCGACAUGCGCCGCCCAUCGCUCACGGAAUCUGCCACGAGUCGCGCGCCGUUGUUCUAUCACGCGGGUUCCUCCUCUCAGGCAGUAAAACCUGCACGGGCAAGCCUUCCGCGGGGCCAUGGUUCAAUCCCCAACGCGAUAUGCUAUACUUGGAUCGCAACAUGCGGCACUGCCUCAAGGCCAAGACGCCGAUCAACGUUCAUGGUCUGAAUCGCGUCCUGCACGUUGGGCUCGAGUGGCGCGCCUGGUUCCGCGAUGUCCCGCGCUUACCAGACGGCGAGAACAUGCAUCAUCAGCAGUGGAAGAUGGCCAUGGAGCCGCUGCUGCUGCAUUGUCCGAGCGCGGAGACCAUGAGCUUUGUGCUGCCCCGCGUGCGGCAUGCCGGCGGCGUUCCGUCAGGGCGCGAGCCAUAUGGCGCGGAAAAGUACAGUUGCAGCUUGGAAACGCUACCAGAGGGGACAAAAGUGCCGUGGGAGAGGAUGCCGGUGCAGGUCACCAAUGGCGCGCUGGUCAACUAUCCGGGGACGGCCCUGUCGCAGCUCGGGGGCGAGAGCAUGCCCGUGGAGUGGAGGGUGAUUUGUCGACAGAUGAAGACGGCAGCCGACUUGCUGCCAGGUGAUGGAACGCAAAAUGUGGAGGAUGAGGGUUUUCAUGAGCCAGUGACGCAAAGGAGAAGGAUCAUCAGCGUAAGAGGUUGGUGGCUGGUCCGACCUGGAGCACGGAUAGGCCAGGAGGAGCAAGAGGCGCAGGAGUUUUGGGAGUGA